AUAAAACAAAAACAUGUAGAGCAAAGAAUGAAUCCAUAUAACUUAUAUAAAAGUAAAUAAAACAGCAUUGAAAUCAUUAUGUAAAAUCAUUGCAACAAAAUACUAAACGAAAGUAAAUGUAUAACAUACUGAUAAUAUACAUUCUGAUAACUUUUGUCUACUGUGUGAACAUCAACAGAAAACUUGAUCAAAACAGUCUAGAAAUACUCGAACUGCAUAUAAAAUACAGACAGGAUUUAGUUGAUUGUAAAGUUGAUGGACAACCUCCAGCUAAAUAUAUGUCACCAUUGAAAUGGAAUUACGAUCUGGCUGCACAAGCACAAACAUUGGCGAACAAAUGCAUAUUGCAACAUGACAAACGUCAUUCGGAUGAAUUCGAUUGGGUUGGACAAAAUAUUGCUCUCGGUCCAACCAUUAAGUCAGGAGUAGAUGCUUGGUUCAAUGAGCACAAAUUAUACGACUACAAUCACAACAACUGUAUGAAAUGUUUGCAUUACACACAAAUGGCUUGGGCCAAGACCACAGACAUUGGAUGUGGAGUUGCGAGUUGUCCAAAAUACGGUCUAUCAAUCGUGUGUAAUUAUGGUCCAGGUGGUAAUUGGAAUAGAGAGAAACCAUAUGAAGUGAAAUCACGUGAAUUGUGCCCAAAAAUGCAGAAUAUUCCUAAAGGCAUUUUCGUACAUUUUAGUACACAUUAAUCCGUUAUGAUUGGAAUCUCAUCUUUCCGUUUAUUUACGAUGCAUCAUUUAAUCGUAAAUUGCUGCUAUAACUCAUUGCUACCCAGAGGAAUAUUAUUUGUCUCUACAAUUAAUAUGUUAGCUGUUCGAAUUCAUUUUCCUUUUAUUAUCAUUAUGUGAAUUGAAUUUAUUCAGAAAUUAUGGUUAUAUACUUUCUUUAAUGUA